AUGGUAGCGAGGAAUGGGACGGGUCUGGACGACAAGAAGCUUACGUUGUUCUACUCCCUCACCGUGUCUGUGUUUGCCAUCGGGGGUAUGGUGGGCAGCCUCAUGGUGGGCAUACUUGUCACCAGAUUUGGAAGGUAAGACUUAACCCCAAGUCUUAGGCUUGCCCCUCCAGCCAUAAUUGACAUACAGUGGGGGAAAAAAAGUAUUUAGUCAGCCACCAAUUGUGCAAGUUCUCCCACUUAAAAAGAUGAGAGAGGCCUGUAAUUUUCAUCAGAGGUACACGUCAACUAUGACAGACAAAUUGAGGAAAAAAAACCCCAGAAAAUCACAUUGUAGGAUUUUUAAUGAAUUUAUUUGCAAAUUAUGGUGGAAAAUAAGUAUUUGGUCACCUACAAACAAGCAAGAUUUCUGGCUCUCACAGACCUGUAACUUCUUCUUUAAGAGGCUCCUCUGUCCUCCACUCGUUACCUGUAUUAAUGGCACCUGUUUGAACUUGUUAUCAGUAUAAAAGACACCUGUCCACAACCUCAAACAGUCACACUCCAAACUCCACUAUGGCCAAGACCAAAGAGCUGUCAACGGACAGCAGAAACAAAAUUGUAGACCUGCACCAGGCUGGGAAGACUGAAUCUGCAAUAGGUAAGCAGCUUGGUUUGAAGAAAUCAACUGUGGGAGCAAUUAUUAGGAAAUGGAAGACAUACAAGACCACUGAUAAUCUCCCUCGAUCUGGGGCUCCACGCAAGAUCUCACCCCGUGGGGUCAAAAUGAUCACAAGAACGGUGAGCAAAAAUCCCAGAACCACACGGGGGGACAUAGUGAAUGACCUGCAGAGAGCUGGGACCAAAGUAACAAAGCCUACCAUCAGUAACACACUACGCCGCCAGGGACUCAAAUCCUGCAGUGCCAGACGUGUCCCCCUGCUUAAGCCAGUACAUGUCCAGGCCCGUCUGAAGUUUGCUAGAGUGCAUUUGGAUGAUCCAGAAGAGGAUUGGGAGAAUGUCAUAUGGUCAGAUGAAACCAAAAUAGAACCUUUUGGUAAAAACUCAACUCGUUGUGUUUGGAGGACAAAGAAUGCUGAGUUGCAUCCAAAGAACACCAUACCUACUGUGAAGCAUGGGGGUGGAAACAUCAUGCUUUGGGGCUGUUUUUCUGCAAAGGGACCAGGACGACUGAUCCGUGUAAAGGAAAGAAUGAAUGGGGCCAUGUAUCGUGAGAUUUUGAGUGAAAACCUCCUUCCAUCAGCAAGGGCAUUGAAGAUGAAACGUGGCUGGGUCUUUCAGCAUGACAAUGAUCCCAAACACACCGCCCGGGCAACGAAGGAGUGGCUUCGUAAGAAGCAUUUCAAGGUCCUGGAGUGGCCUAGCCAGUCUCCAGAUCUCAACCCCAUAGAAAAUCUUUGGAGGGAGUUGAAUGUCCGUGUUGCCCAGCGACAGCCCCAAAACAUCACUGCUCUAGAGGAGAUCUGCAUGGAGGAAUGGGCCAAAAUACCAGCAACAGUGUGUGAAAACCUUGUGAAAACUUACAGAAAACAUUUGACCUGUGUCAUUGCCAACAAAGGGUAUAUAACAAAGUAUUGAGAAACUUUUGUUAUUGACCAAAUACUUAUUUUCCACCAUAAUUUGCAAAUAAAUUCAUUAAAAAUCCUACAAUGUGAUUUUCUGGAAUUUUUUUCCUAAUUUUGUCUGUCAUAGUUGACGUGUACCUAUGAUGAAAAUUACAGGCCUCUCUCAUCUUUUUAAGUGGGAGAACUUGCACAAUUGGUGGCUGACUAAAUACUUUUUCCCCCACUGUAACGCCAUUGACAUACGCCAUUGACAUAAUGUCAAUGACAUAACUUAAUUGACAUGCAGUGCCUAUAAAAAGUCUACACCACCUUGAACGUUUUUCCAAUUUUGCUGCCUUAAAAUGAAAUCUAAAAAUGGACUAAAUUAUAUAUGUUUUCCUACAGAUCUACACAUCCUACUCCACAUUUUCAAAGAGAAAGAAAGUUAUAGAACAUUUUCCAAAUCAAUAAAAAAUUAUAAUAAAAAAUAUAUAUAAUAAUUGGAUGUCUCCACCCCCCUGAGUUAAUACUUGAUGGAAGCACAUUUGGCAGCCAUUACAGCUGUGGAUCAUUUUAAAUAAGAUUAUUCCAACUUUGCACAAGUCUUAGGGCAACAUACUGUAUAUUCAUUGUUUUUGUCAAACUUGCUCAAGCUCAUUAAAUUUGGUUGGGAAUCACUGAUGGCCAGCAAUAUUCAAACCUUGUCUCUGAUUUUCAAGCACAUUUAAGUCAGGACUGAGACUAGACCACUCAGGAACACUUAACACCUCCUGGAAAGUCAUUCUGGUGUGUCUUUGUCAUAAAAAUCUGUGUAAUUGUCUUGCUGAAAAAUAAAACUCUAUCCCAGGGUCAGGUAUUCAGAAGACUGAGGUGGGUGUUCCUCAAACCUUUUACGUGGGCUUUGCUCCUUUCAUAUUUAUUUUGAUCCUCACAAACUCCCCAGUCCCUGCCAGUGACAAGCAUACCCAUAACAUGAUGCAUUUUAGGCGAAAAUUGAAAAAAAGGGUUAGAUCCUUAAGAGGUUAAGGUUUGUAGAAGGUUUCUCAGGCUGAUUGUUCUGCUGUCUACAGGAAAGGGACCCUGGUGAGAAUCACAUGUCUGGUGUUCAUAGCUGGAGCCUUCAUGGGCUUCAGCAGGACCUUCGGCUCUCCAGAGAUGAUCAUUGUUGGACGCUUCAUCACAGGGGUACACUCAGGUAAUGCAGUAACAGAGAAUAAUGCCAUUAUGUCCUACCGUCCUUAACAAAUGAAGUAAGGAUUAGGAAACACUAUUUGAGGGGGUAAUCAUAAGGAAAAAGCAAAAACAGGUUUUUAGAAAUGUGUGCUAAUUUAUCAAAAAAUUAAAUAACACAUUUACAUAAGUAUUCUGACCAUUUACUCAGUACUUUGUUGAAGCACCUUUGGCAGCGAUUACAGCCUCGAGUCUUCUUGGGUAUGACGCCACAAGCUUGGCACAUCUUUAUUUGGGGAGUUUCUCCCAUUCUCUGCAGAUCCUCUCAAGCUCUGUCAGGUUGGAUGGGGAGCGUUGCUGCACAGCUACAGUGCAGCAACGCUCCCCAUCCAACCUGAGUAAAGGGUCUGAGUAAAGGGUCUGAAUAAUUAUGUAAAUGUGAUAUUUCCGUUUUUUUUAUUGUAUAAAUUUGCUAACAUUUCAAAAAUGCGGUUUUUACUUUGUCAUUAUGGGAUAAUGUGUGUAGAUUGAUGAGGAAAACAACAAUUUAAUCAAAUUUAGAAUAAGGCUGUAACACAUUUUUUUGUUGAAAAAGUGAAGGAGUCUGAAUGCUUUCCGAAUGCACUGUAACUUGACACUUGACACAAGUGCGCAUAGGCAUCUCUCUCUCGCUCUCUCGCUCUCUCUCUCUCUACCACACCUGCUGUCUCGACCUCUGAAUGCUCGGCUAUGAAAAGUCAACUGACAUUUACUCUUGAGGUGCUGACUUGUUGCACCCUCUAUAACCAUUGUGAUUAUUAUUUCACCCUGCUGGUCAUCUAUGAACCUUUGAACAUCAUGAAGAACUAUCUAGCCUUAAUGACCAUGUACUCUUAUAAUCUCCACCGGCAUAGCAAGAAGAGGACUGGCCACCCCUCAGAGUCUGGUUCCUCUCUAGGUUUCUUCCUAGGUUCCUGCCUUUCUAGGGAGUUUUUCCUAGACACCAUGCUUCUACAUCUGCAUUGCUCGCACUUUGGGGUUUUAGGCUGGGUUUUGGUAUAAGCAUUUUGUGACAUCUGCUGAUGUAAAAAGGACUUUAAAUAAAUACAUUUGAUUGAAUUUGAUUUAUGCAUUUCUGUGUUGUGUUUUACUUAUCUAAAUGAAUCUUUAUCAGGUCUUCUGUCUGUUGCUCUACAACACAUUAUCAGCUCUUAUCAGCAACAAUUCUAGCUGUAAGGUUAACUGCUAGUGCUGAAUCUGGUCUGUGUACUGUCCAUAUCCCCCUCCCUCCAGGUAUCUUUUUGAGUGUGGUACCUAUGUACCUGGGGGAGAUAGCACCUAAGAACCUGUAUGACCUCUCACCUCUGUUCCCCUCCCUCCAGGUAUCUCUCUGAGUGUGGUGCCAAUGUAUCUUGGAGAGAUAGCACCUAAGAACCUGCGAGGCUUCCUGGGCCUCGUGCCUAGCAUCUUUAUCUGUCUAGGAGUCUUCAUCGCUCAGAUCCUGGGGCUACAUGAACUACUCGGAAAGGUGCAGUAAAAUCUUAUCCUUAAUAUCUUAGUUCAUAGUUAAUCUUCUUUGUUGGUCUUUUCUUUGGCGUAAAUAGAUAAAGAAGGCACCUUCUGAAGAGGUACAAACAAAUGAAACUUAACCUCUUCAACUCUGGCGCCCUCUGGUGGCAUUUUCUAAACGCUGCAUAAUAUUGUAUACUACCCUCAUAAAGUACAUUUCGGUUUCAAAACUAUAAGUCCUACAAACACAUGCUUAGUACUGUUACAAAGGUAAGAACUGUGGGAUUCUGAUAAAGUUGAAACGAUGUGACUACUACAGAGCCCGAGAUGCAGCAGGCCUAAACCCCCUGAAAUGUACAGUUUUUUUUCUACAUGGUAGACUCAUCUUUUACGAUGAUCUCCAUUCAGCAGACUAUUUGGCUGCUUUUCAUUCCAGAGAAUAUUUAAAAGAAACUCAUAUUGACCUCUUGCUGACCCUAUAUCCUUUGGCCUCUGACCCCUCAACAGGAAGAGCACUGGCCCCUCUUCCUGUCUCUGGUGGUGAUCCCCACCAUGUUCCAGCUGAUGCUGUUGCCGUGGUUCCCAGAGAGCCCGCGGUACUUGCUCAUAGAGAAGAGGAACGUCCAUGCCACCAUCACAGGUGAGGAGGCUCCGUCCAUUAGGGGGAUACAGUUGAUAGUUGAGUUCUUUCUUUCUUUCUUUUUUUUCUCUCCUUUUUUAUUUAUUUCUGGGCAUAUAGACUAGACUGUAACAUACCUAAAUGACCUGAAUUGCUAUUGUAAGGAGUAUUAUUCAAAGAGAUGCACAUUUUUCUGUUUGUUUGGUUUUUUGGGAAAAGCUGUAACCACAGACCAAUACAACAAAGACUUGUAUUUCAAUACUAUCCAUACUGUAUACAACCCUAGCUGUGCUGUACUCACCAGUUUAGUAAACUGAACUUCUCUCCCCAGCUCUGAAGUGGUACCGGUCCAAAGCAAACAUCCAGGCGGAGAUCGAGGAGAUGCAGGAGGAGCAGCGGUCCAUGUCCUCGGUCCAGACCGUGUCGGUCAUCGGCCUGCUGAAGGACCGGAGCGUCCGAUGGCAGGUCAUCACUAUAGUGGUGGUCAAUAUCGGCAUGCAGCUGUCCGGUAUCGACGCGGUGGGUCAGUGUGUGUUUGUCCAUACAUGCAUGCAUACAUGCAGGAGAGUAUGUGUCCGUGUGUGUGUAUACACCAUAUGCCCCUAUCACCACCUGUUCUCAGCUGUACAUGAUAAAUCCCUCAUCACCACCACCACCAUAUAUUACAGCCUCACUUAGAACCACUGGUGCUGAGUGACAAAGCAGGAGCACGCCUCAUUACUGUACAAUACACCCUAGACACACACACACAUCCUUAUUUCAUAGUCCAAAUGGAUCCCCACACACACUGGUCCUAGUGAUAAGGGCCCUUGGCCCUUCAGCACCAUGUGGAUAAGCACUGGUCUACAUGGUCUCAUGCUGGUCCCCAUUUCACAGCACGGCCACGCUAUGCUGAUUUUUACUGUCGCAGCUGUUCCAGACACGGAACACAACAGCUCUAAUGUGAUAUCAAAUAACCCCAAUGUCCACCUUUUAAAUUCCGAGGUCUUUACAACCCAUUUUCUGCUUGGUGAUACUAGAUACUAGAAGUCCAAUCAGAAUUCUACACAGGGAUGGGCAAAUACCAGUGUGUGGAUAUGACAUAUGUUAAUGAGUGGGUGGAAAGAUCCAUAUACAGUGGGGAGAAGCAAGUAUUUGAUAAACUGCCGAUUUUGCAGGUUUUCCUACUUACAAAGCAUGUAGAGGUCUGUAAUUUUUAUCAUAGGUACACUUCAACUGUGAGAGACGGAAUCUAAAACCAAAUUCCAGAAAAUCACAUUGUAUGAUUUUUAAGUAAUUAAUUUGCAUUUUAUUGCAUGACAUAAGUAUUUGAUCACCUACCAACCAGUAAGAAUUCCGUCUCUCACAGACCUGUUAGUUUUUCUUUAAGAAGCCCUCCUGUUCUCCACUCAUUACCUGUAUUAACUGCACCUGUUUGAACUUGUUACCUGUAUAAAAGACACCUGUCCACACACUCAAUCAAACAGACUCCAACCUCUCCACAAUGGCCAAGACCAGAGAGCUGUGUAAGGACAUCAGGGAUAAAAUUGUAGACCUGCACAAGGCUGGGAUGGGCUACAGGACAAUAGGCAAGCAGCUUGGUGAGAAGGCAACAACUGUUGGCGCAAUUAUUAGAAAAUGGAAGAAGUUCAAGAUGACGGUCAAUCACCCUCGGUCUGGGGCUCCAUGCAAGAUCUCACCUCGUGGGGCAUCAAUGAUCAUGAGGAUGGUGAGGGAUCAGCCCAGAACUACACGGCAGGACCUGGUCAAUGACCUGAAGAGAGCUGGGACCACAGUCUCAAAGAAAACCAUUAGUAACACACUACGCCGUCAUGGAUUAAAAUCCUGCAGCACACACAAGGUCCCCCUGCUCAAGCCAGCGCAUGUCCAGGUCCGUCUGAAGUUUGCCAAUUACCAUCUGGAUGAUCCAGAGGAGGAAUGGGAGAAGGUCAUUUUUUUAUUUUAUUUUUUUGUCAUUUAGCAGACGCUCUUAUCCAGAGCGACUUACAUUAGCAAUUAGGGUUAAGUGCCUUGCUCAAGGGCACAUCGACAGAUCUUUCACCUAGUCGGCUCGGGGAUUAGAACCAGCGACCUUUCGGUUACUGGCACAACGCUCUUAACCACUAAGCUACCUGCCGCCCCAUGUGGUCUGAUGAGACAAAAAUAGAGAUUUUUGGUCUAAACUCCAUUCGCCGUGUUUGGAGGAAGAAGAAGGAUGAGUACAACCCCAAGAACACCAUCCCAACCGUGAAGCAUGGAGGUGGAAACAUCAUUCUUUGGGGAUGCUUUUCUGCAAAGGGGACAGGACGACUGCACCGUAUUGAGGGGAGGAUGGAUGGGGCCAUGUAUCGCGAGAUCUUGGCCAACAACCUCCUUCCCUCAGUAAGAGCAUUGAAGAUGGGUCGUGGCUGGGUCUUCCAGCAUGACAACGACCUGAAACACACAGCCAGGGCAACUAAGGAGUGGCUCCGUAAGAAGCAUCUCAAGGUCCUGGAGUGGCCUAGCCAGUCUCCAGACCUGAACCCAAUAGAAAAUCUUUGGAGGGAGCUGAAAGUCCGUAUUGCCCAAUGACAGCCCCAAAACCUGAAGGAUCUGGAGAAGGUCUGUAUGGAGGAGUGGGCCAAAAUCCCUGCUGCAGUGUGUGCAAACCUGGUCAAGACCUACAGGAAACGUAUGAUCUCUGUAAUUGCAAACAAAGGUUUCUGUACCAAAUAUUAAGUUCUGCUUUUCUGAUGUAUCAAAUACUUAUGUCAUGCAAUAAAAUGCUAAUUAAUUACUUAAAAAUCAUACAAUGUGAUUUUCUGGAUUUUUGUUUUAGAUUCCGUCUCUCACAGUUGAAGUGUACCUAUGAUAAAAAUUACAGACCUCUACAUGCUUUGUAAGUAGGAAAACCUGCAAAAUCGGCAGUGUAUCAAAUACUUGUUCUCCCCACUGUAUGUGUAUGGAUGGUUACUGAAACCAACUAUAUGUGUUUAUUUCAUCUACUUUUCCUGAUCUUGUCCGUUUUAGAGGAUGUGUGUUGCUGUAGUGAAGUAUGAUGAAUGAGAUGGUGCCAUUCAUUCAUUUCACUGGGAAUACUAUAAGUCAACGUUGACAUAUUGGAACACAGCAUUGAUUAAAUAUAUCUGAUUUGACAGAUGGUACCCUUACGAAAAAAGAUUGCAGUCAGAGUGCAGUAUAACUGCAGUACACUGUAGUAUAACUGUAGUUAGGGGGCAGUAUAACUUCAGUAUGCUGCAAAUACUGCAUCUAAAAUAACACUGUUUUUUUAUACUGCAGUAAUUUUGCAGUGUAACUGCAGUUACAGUGUAGUAUAAAUGCAGUUCAACUGCAGUACACUGCAGUUAUUCUGCAAUCACUUUGUCCAAAAUACCACAGUCGACUGCAGUUACUGCACUUUUACUGCAGUUUUAAAAAUGUUUCAAUCUGUUUUUGUAAGGAUAGUCGGGAGGAUAAUGACAACAGUGAUGAUGAAUCAGACAUGAAUAGUAAGAGCUUUAGAAUGACCAUUAGCUGAACGUUGUAUAUUUGUUUAUCCAGGUUGAAACAGACGGCCAUGUUUAAUAUGUACACUCAGUUACUAAUGUUGUUGUUGUUGAUGAUGAUGAUGUAAGCGCUGUACAGUCCAAAACACUGAACAAUUGAGUAUCCAAAGAACAAUGCAGCAAAGAUGUAGCCCUACAGUAUGUAUAUUCAACAACGUACAUGUUCACUACUCACAGUUCAGCUACUGAUCUACAACUGUCUCUCUUCAGAUCUGGUUCUAUACCAACGCCAUCUUUGAGAACGCAGGUAUCCCAGUCCCUCAGAUCCAGUACACCACGGUUGGAACCGGAGCCAUUGAGGUUAUCGCUGGAUGCGUAGGGGUAAGCAAGCAGUCAUUGGAUUACUGUGUGAGCACAACAGUUGAGCAUGCUAGCUUAGCCUGGUUCACCAGACUGAAAGCUACUCUCAAUGGUGAGUGACGCGUUCAGUCUGGUUUAAUCAGGCUAACAUUAGCUAGCCUACUCUAGUCUGAGGUAUUAUUAUUAUUGUCUGGUAGCUGGUGGUAAUACUGACUUCAACACUCCUUUUGGACAAGCCUGUGGGUUAGCUAUAAGGCUAUGCCUCAGGAACCGUGAAGCAUAUAGCCACUGAGAUACUAUAGUCAAACCACAGCUAUAUUAUAUACAGUAUAUGAUAUAUACAUUCUAUACAGUACGGCUCUGGUUCAGACCAUGUCUGUCCCAAAUGGCACCCUAUUCCCUAUAUAUUCUCCUAUGGUCCCUGGUCAAAAGUAGUGCACUACAAAGUAAAUAGGGUGACAUUUGGGAUGCAUCCCAUGACUACAUUUUCUAAAGAGACAUAUAGGUCAGUGGACAUACUACUGGGUGCUGAGCUAUUCCAAGAAACACCGUCUCUGGGUAGCAGUUUAAAAAAUUUCCCAUACAGAAGCAUAACAUUGACAUGUUAUGUCGUCGGCCAAUAGAAAUAACUUGUUCUCCUUUGUUCCGCCUCCAGUGCUUCAUCAUUGAACGGCUGGGCAGAAGACCUCUGAUGAUUGGUGGAUUUACCUUCAUGGGAAUUUGCUGUGCAGGGAUCACGCUCUCCCUCAUGUUCCAGGUACAUUAAUCUAUCCAUGUAGAAUCUUCCCCUAUAGAGACAGGUCUAGGAUCAGUUCACCAACCUGGAAUUCUACAUUUUCUCUGAAAAGUGAAAAUCGGAUUUCAGGUCAGUUUAUAGAAGGAAAAUGUAAUCUUCAUAUAUUCAUUACUAUUAGUCUGAAUCGUGCAGACUCUCUUUGUUGUUAGUUACUGUCUCUGUGUCUUUGACUGAGUAUAUUCAGUGACCAGUCAGUACUGUUUGUAAUGGGAUGACUGUCCUAUGGUCUCUGAUAAUGACUGUCCUAUGCUUCCAUUCACUGCCCAUUAAGUCCCACUACAUCAGUGUUGCCUGUGUGGUGGGGAUCAUCGCUGGCUUCUGUAUAGGACCAGGUAAGACAUCUACUCUGGUAGUCUGCUUGUUUGUUUAUCUCUGUCUCUCUCCUUCAAAACAGGGUUCUAUGCUCAGGAGGUAUAUAUCUCUCUCAAUAGAAGAGUGAGUACUUCCACUUUCAGCAGAAGGGGCUAUAAUACUACUAAUUUAAGUUAUUUAGCAGAUGCUGUUAUCCAGAGAAACUAGGGUUAAGUGUCUUGCUCAAGGGCACAUCAGCAGAUUUUUCACCAAGUUGGCUCAGGGAUUCAAACCAGCAACCUUUCAGUUACUGGGCCAACACGCUUAACCGCUAGGCUACCUGUAGCACUUUGAACAUUCCAUUUCAUCCAAUAGACACAGCCUGUUAUAUUCAACUAGGAAACAUUGCUCUCUGGUGGUAGAAUAUAGAAGUGCUCUUGGAAAGGCAGCCAAAACUCCCCUCACUGUUUACCCGACAUAAAUAGCUACUCUAUUGUAUUUCAUUAAUCUACUAAAUGAGGAAAUCAUAAUUGCCACGGUAACAGGAACAUCCAUUCUUACACCUAUUUGUUUGGGGCUCAUCGGCUGAACGCAACAGUAUUAGAAUGCUGAUGGUGGCUAUAAGCAUGAUGAAUUAGACCAACACUAGUUUACAUAAUGUCAUCUGUCAAGCAGGCAAAAUCCAUACAUCAAGCUCAGAUGAGGAUUUUCUGUUUGCCGCAAUUAGAUUUUCAAUGGCUCAUUGUUCAUAAUGAAUAUUUUGGUGUGUGGUGUGUGAUGAAUAUGCUUCCUUGAGACAAAAACUUGCAUUAACAAUGUGAAGGGGCCCAUAUUACUGCAUAUGUAGACUGAUUGUAGAGCCCUACUUAUUGAUUAUAUUAUCAAGCCUUCUCCCCUAUGUCAUGAUCAUGUUCAAAUAAUGAGGACUUAACUUGACACGUUCAUCAUUAGGCUUUUCCUAAUGUAUUAUUCCUCAUUCAUACUAUCUCUCAUUUCUAACCAUGAAGAAUUAGAUAUUUGUAGCAAUGAAACCAUCUAUAGAUUCUAAAUAUUAUAGAUUCAACAAUUGAGGUACAGAUGUAGGAUCGUAAUUUGAUCACUGUUUUGUUGCUGAGAAUUUUCCUGCACCGCAGGAAAUACAGAUGAGCUUGUGAUUUACAUAAAUUCACUGAAAAUCCACACUAACACACGGUUAUAUUAACAGUAUUUCACUUUUCAUGUAACCUAUUUUUGGCCAGCUAAUAGCCUAACCACCAAUCAAGCAACAUUAUGGACUAAACAUUCAAAUCCUGUUGCUGUAGGAUUAUUUGGCUGUGCCAAUACGGGACAAAUUAAGAUCCUACAUCUGUAAUUUAGCUCGUAUUACACCAAUGGAAUAUAAUGGUGGUUUUAAUCCUCAAUGUACUAUUAUUACUCUAAAGUCUUGCUGUUAUCAAUAUCAUUGGUUUGGUAGUUUGCCCAACUUCACAUGUGACUAUAACUAGUAGCCCAUGAUGUAGACUAAGGCUGUGUUCACACAGGCAGCCACGUUCUGAUAUUAUUUCCACUAAUUGUUAUUUUGACCAAUCACAUCAGAACUUUUCACAUCAGAUCUUUUUCAGAGUUGAUCUGAUUGCUCAAAAGACCAAUUAGUGAAAGAAAGAUCAGAAUUGGGUUGCCUGUCUAAAUGCAGCCAAUGUGUCUCAUUGUGUGUGUGUCUCUGUCCCUGUGUAGCUGGAGUACCCUUCCUGAUUACAGCAGAGCUGUUUAAACAGUCCCAUCGUCCAGCUGCCUACACCGUGGCAGGAUGCCUCAACUGGCUGUCCAACUUCACCAUCGGCUUUGUCUUCCCCUUCCUACAGGUCAGAACUACUGGCCUAUACAGUGAGGGAAAAAAGUGUUUGAUCCCCUGCUGAUUUUGUACGUUUGCCCACUGACAAAGAAAUUAUCAGUGUAUAAUUUUAAUGGUAGGUUUAUUUGAACAGUGAGUGACAGAAUAACAACAAAAAAAUCCAGAAAAACGCAUGUCAAAAAUGUUAUAAAUUGAUUUGCAAUUUAAUGAGGGAAAUAAGUAUUUGACCCCCUCUCAAUCAGAAAGAUUUCUGGCUCCCAUGUGUCUUUUAUACAGGUAACGAGCUGAGAUUAGGAGCACACUCUUAAAGGGAGUGCUCCUAAUAUCAGCUUGUUACCUGUAUAAAAAGACACCUGUCCACAGAAGCAAUCAAUCAAUCAGAUUCCAAACUCUCCACCAUGGCCAAGACCAAAGAGCUUUCCAAGGAUGUCAUGGACAAGAUUGUAGACCUACACAAGGCUGGAAUGGGCUACAAGACCAUCGCCAAGCAGCUUGGUGAGAAGGUGACAACAGUUGGUGCGAUUAUUCGCAAAAGGAAGAAACACAAAAUAACUGUCAAUCUCCCUCGGCCUGGGGCUCCAUGCAAGAUCUCACCUCGUGGAGUUGCAAUGAUCAUGAGAACGGUGAGGAAUCAGCCCAGAACUACACGGGAGGAUCUUGUCAAUGAUCUCAAGGCAGCUGGGACCAUAGUCACCAUGAAAACAAUUGGUAACACACUACGACGUGAAGGACUGAAAUCCUGCAGCGCCCGCAAAGUCCCCCUGCUCAAGAAAGCACAUAUACAGGGCCGUCUGAAGUUUGCCAAUGAACAUCUGAAUGAUUCAGAGGAGAACUGGGUCAAAGUGUUGUGGUCAGUUGAGACCAAAAUCGAGCUCUUUGGCAUCAACUCAACUCGCCGUGUUUGGAGGAGGAGGAAUGCUGCCUAUGACCCCAAGAACACCAUCCCCACUGUCAAACAUGGAGGUGGAAACAUUAUGCUUUGGGGGUGUUGGACGGGGCCAUGUACUGUCAAAUCUUGGGUGAGAACCUCCUUCCCUCAACUAGGGCAUUGAAAAUGGGUUGUGGAUGGGUAUUCCAGCAUGACAAUGACCCAAAACACACGGCCAAGGCAACAAAGAAGUGGCUCAAGAAGAAGCACAUUAAGGUCCUGGAGUGGCCUAGCCAGUCUCCAGACCUUAAUCCCAUAGCAAAUCUGUGGAGGGAGCUGAAGGUUCGAGUUGCCAAACGUCAGCCUCGAAACCUUAAUGACUUGGAGAAAAUCUGCAAAGAGGAGUGGGACAAAAUCCCUCCUGAGAUGUGUGCAAACCUGGUGGCCAACUACAAGAAACGUCUGACCUCUGUGAUUGCCAACAAGGGUUUUGCCACCAAGUACUAAGUCAUGUUUUGCAGAGGGGUCAAAUACUUAUUUCCCUCAUUAAAAUACAAAUCAAUUUAUACCAUUUUUGACAUGCGUUUUUCUGGAUUUUUUGUUGUUAUUCUGUCUCUCACUGUUCAAAUAAACCUACCAUUAAAAUUAUAGACUGAUCAUGUCUUUGUCAGUGGGCAAACGUACAAAAUCAGCAGGGGAUCAAAUACUUUUUUCCCUCACUGUAAUUACUCCAGUACACACGUUUUACCGCUGUAUGUUGGCAUUUUAGUCAGGCUUUUUUCACGACAGCUCUCUAUCCAGCUCCCUAUCCCCUCAAACUCCCCUCAAACUAAUCUGUAGUAGUAAAGCCUUAGUAUAGCAGUAGUAUCGUAGUAGUAUAGCAGUAGUAUAGUAGUAGUAUAGCAGUAGUAUACUAGUAGUAUAGCAGUAGUAUAUCAUAGUAUAUCAGUAGUAUAGCAGUAGUAUAGCUGUAGUAUAGUAGUAGAUAGUAGUAGAAUAUUAGCAAAUAGUACCAGAUGUUUUAAUUCAUUAUUUUAAUUGCCAUCGUCUGAAGAUCCAAUUCACAUCAUGUUCUGUUACUUUUCCCUCUAAUAAAUUAAAUUCAUUCAAUGAGCAACUCUUUCUCCACCCCCCCAGAUGUCGGCAGGGGCCUACUGCUACCUGGUGUUCUUUGGCGUGUGCAUGGCGGUGGCGGCCUACGUUUUCUUCAUCGUCCCCGAGACCAAGAACAAGACAUUUGUGGAGAUCAGCCAGAUGUUCGCAGGCCAGGAACGGCAUGCUGGAGGAGGAGAGCAGCGAGCUGGGCGUCGCUAA